CAGAAUGGACAACAGUCUCAAACUCACAACACCUUGCAUCCAUCUGGUUUGUUAUUCUACGAAUUGUCUCACUCAGUUCCUCAGUUUCUCCACGUCUCCUGAGAAAUUCAUCCAAAUCCAGAGUCCAGUCUCGGGCAUACAAGGCUUAACUUGAUUACAGUGACAGUCAAAACCGGGCACUGCAGUCGAAUUUCUUUCACUAGCGGCGGCCACAGCAUCCGAGGUCUGGUCAUCUGCAGUAUCUGAGUUCUGAGCACAAAGAUGGGGAGUGUGGACGGAGAAAAACUCAGGUUUUGCAUUGACAGAGGGGGGACGUUUACUGAUGUUUAUGCUGAAAUUCCAGGUCAUUCUGGUGGUCGAGUUUUGAAACUUUUGUCUGUUGAUCCAUCAAAUUAUGACGAUGCGCCAGUUGAGGGUAUUCGAAGGAUUCUUGAAGAAUACACGGGGCAAAAGAUUCCCCGGACUUCAAAAGUCCCCACCGAUAAGAUUGAGUGGAUACGGAUGGGUACAACCGUGGCAACGAAUGCCCUUUUGGAGAGAAAAGGUGAAAGGAUCGCUUUGUGUGUGACACAAGGCUUCCGAGAUUUGCUACAAAUUGGUAACCAGGCUCGCCCCAACAUCUUUGACCUCACUGUAUCGAAGCCGUCAAAUCUCUAUGAGGAAGUUGUUGAAGUUGAUGAACGAGUUGAACUUGUGCUUGAAAAGGAGACAGAUGAUAGACAUUCUUCCUCGUCUCAAGUUAAAGGGAUUUCAGGUGAGCUUGUAAGAGUUGUGAAGCCACUGGAUGAAGAAUCACUAAAGCCUUUAUUGAAAGGUUUGUUGAAGAAAGGGAUUAGUUGCUUGGCUGUUGUCUUGAUGCAUUCCUACACUUAUCCACAGCAUGAAAUAGCUGUGGAAAAGCUAGCUGUGAGUCUGGGUUUCAAACAUGUGUCCUUAUCUUCGGCUUUGACUCCCAUGGUUCGAGCUGUUCCUCGUGGACUAACAGCUACUGUUGAUGCAUACUUGACCCCGGUCAUCAAGGAGUACUUAUCUGGGUUCAUAUCCAGAUUUGACGAAGGGCUAGGCAAGUUGAAUGUUCUUUUUAUGCAAUCAGAUGGAGGCCUUGCACCAGAAGAUAGAUUUUCUGGGCAUAGAGCAGUUCUUUCUGGUCCUGCUGGUGGUGUUGUUGGCUAUUCACAGACUACUUUUGGCCUUGAAACUGAGAGGCCUCUUAUCGGGUUUGACAUGGGUGGUACAUCUACUGAUGUGAGCCGUUAUGCUGGAAGCUACGAACAAGUUCUAGAAACCCAGAUUGCUGGUGCCAUUAUACAAGCUCCCCAGCUUGAUAUAAACACUGUUGCUGCUGGUGGUGGUUCAAAGUUGAAGUUCCAGUUUGGAGCUUUUAGGGUGGGGCCUGAAUCGGUGGGUGCACACCCUGGACCAGUUUGUUACCGGAAGGGUGGGGAACUGGCAGUUACGGAUGCAAACCUGAUUCUAGGAUAUGUUAUUCCUGAUUAUUUUCCAUCCAUCUUUGGCCCCAGUGAAGAUCAGCCAUUGGAUGUCAGAGCAACCCGAGAAGAAUUUGAGAAGCUCUCUAGUCAAAUAAACUCCUACAGAAAGAGCCAUGAUCCAUCUGCAAAGGACAUGACAGUGGAGGAUAUUGCACUCGGAUUUGUUAAUGUUGCUAAUGAAACAAUGUGCCGUCCAAUACGGCAGUUAACUGAGAUGAAGGGCCAUGAAACAAAGAACCAUGCUCUUGCUUGCUUUGGAGGUGCUGGGCCACAGCAUGCCUGUGCUAUUGCUAGGUCACUGGGUAUGCAAGAAGUUCUCAUUCAUAGGUUCUGUGGGAUUUUAAGUGCAUAUGGGAUGGGACUGGCAGAUGUCGUGGAAGAAGCACAGGAGCCAUAUGUUGCUGUAUAUGGAUCUGAAUCUAUUGUGGAUGCCUCUCGUAGAGAAGCAAUGUUAUUGGAGCAGGUGAAGCAGAAACUACAAGUGCAAGGAUUCAAAGAAGAGAACAUUACGACUGAAACGUACUUAAAUUUGAGAUAUGAAGGUACAGACACUGCUAUCAUGGUAAAGGGACAGCAAAAUGAUAAUGCAGUGGGCUUUGAUUAUUCCGUGGAAUUCAUGAAGCUAUUUCAGCAAGAGUAUGGAUUUAGAUUACAGAACAGGAAUAUUCUCAUAUGCGAUGUAAGAGUUCGUGGUAUUGGAGUCACUAAUAUAUUUAAGCCUUUGGCCAUAGAACCUGCUUCCGGCACCCCAAAACUUGAAGGUCUCUAUGAGGUUUACUUUGGCAAUGGUUGGCAUGAUACUCCUCUAUUCAAACUGGAAAAUCUGGGGUUUGGGCAUGUCAUUCCUGGACCUGCAAUCAUCAUGAAUGGGAAUAGUACAGUGAUAGUAGAACCCAACUGUAAUGCUAUCAUAACUGAGUAUGGCAAUAUUAAAAUUGAAAUUGAGUCCAUCAUAAGAACUGUGAAAGUAUCAGAAAAGGUUGCAGAUGUUGUGCGGUUGUCGAUCUUCAAUCACAGGUUUAUGGGCAUAGCUGAACAGAUGGGACGGACAUUGCAGAGAACAUCUAUAUCAACAAAUAUCAAGGAGCGGUUGGAUUUUUCUUGUGCUCUCUUUGGCCCUGAUGGAGGGCUGGUUGCUAAUGCUCCUCACGUUCCAGUGCACCUUGGAGCUAUGUCCACUACAGUUCGGUGGCAGCUCGAGUACUGGGGUGACAAUUUAGAUGCGGGUGAUGUUCUGGUUACCAAUCAUCCCGCUGCUGGAGGCAGCCAUCUACCCGAUAUAACGGUUAUCACUCCUGUUUUUGAUCAUGGGAAAUUGGUAUUUUUUGUGGCCAGUAGAGGACAUCAUGCAGAGAUUGGGGGUAUUACACCUGGAAGCAUGCCACCUUUUUCUAAAUCCAUAUGGGAAGAAGGAGCUGCCAUAAAAGCAUUUAAGCUUGUGCAGAAGGGGGUUUUCCAAGAAGAAGGCAUUAUUAAACUUCUCCAGUUCCCCUGCUCUGAUGAGUUAGCUCAUAAAAUCCCUGGAACUCGCAGGCUUCAAGAUAAUUUAUCAGAUCUUAGAGCACAAGUAGCUGCAAACCAGAGAGGAAUUUCACUUAUCAAAGAGCUUAUUGGGCACUAUGGUUUGGACACGGUUCAGGCUUACAUGAAAUAUGUGCAGCUUAAUGCUGAAGAAGCAGUUAGAGAGAUGCUCAAGUCAGUGGCUACUAGAAUUUCGAGUCGUUCAGAUAAGCUUGAAGAGAAAAACUCGAUAACCAUCAAAGAAGAGGAUUACAUGGAUGACGGGUCUAUUAUUCAUUUGCAGCUAACUAUUGAUUCUGAUAAAGGGGAAGCAUUUUUUGAUUUUAGUGGAACAAGCUCCGAAGUUUAUGGAAAUUGGAAUGCACCAGAAGCUGUUACAGCUGCAGCAGUCAUAUACUGCCUCCGGUGUUUGGUGGACGUCGACAUUCCUCUCAAUCAGGGCUGUUUGGCUCCCGUUAAGAUAAAUAUUCCAACUGGUUCAUUCCUUUCCCCGAGUGAUAAAGCUGCUGUAGUGGGAGGCAAUGUGCUGACGUCUCAGAGAAUAACUGAUGUUGUCCUUACUGCAUUUCAGGCCUGUGCUUGUUCACAGGGAUGUAUGAAUAAUCUCACUUUUGGGGAUGAUACUUUUGGAUAUUAUGAAACAAUUGGAGGUGGGAGUGGAGCUGGUCCUACCUGGAAGGGAAGCAGUGGGGUCCAGUGUCACAUGACCAAUACCCGGAUGACUGAUCCAGAGAUUUUCGAGCAGAGGUAUCCGGUUCUUUUGCACAAAUUUGGACUUAGAGAAAACAGUGGUGGAACCGGAGUUCAUAAUGGGGGAGAUGGACUGGUGAGAGAGAUAGAAUUCAGGCUCCCAGUUGUAGUUAGCAUACUUUCCGAGAGGCGUGUUCAUUCACCAAGAGGUCUAAAUGGUGGAAAAGAUGGGGCUCGUGGAGCGAAUUAUCUGAUUACAAAAGACAAACGAACAGUUUACCUUGGUGGUAAGAACACAGUUGAAGUGCAGGCUGGUGAAAUCCUUCAAAUCCUAACUCCCGGUGGUGGUGGAUGGGGUUCUUGUUGAUUCAGCUUAAUGUUUCAUUUGUAUUUCUUUUAUGCAUUGUCAUAUGUGAUUCCUUUUAAUCCUCAUUCCUCAGAGUAAAACACUAGUUGGCAUUGAUCAAUGUUACAAGAUCAUCUUGGGGCUUUUAAUAAAAUGACAUUCGUGGUUUCUUAUCAAUUAAUAAAAGAAUGUUUGUGAUGUUUGGACUA